CCCCCCCCCCCCACAACCCCCCGUUUUCACCGAAGCCUUGUGACGGCGCAGCGAGGCCGACAAAGUCCGGGACAGAAUGGCAUCGGGCGUGACCGUGAACGACGAAGUCAUCAAAGUGUUCAACGACAUGAAGGUGCGCAAGUCGCACCGGACGCCGGAAGAGGUGAAGCAGCGCAAGAAGGCGGUGCUCUUCUGCCUCAGCGACGACCGCAAGAAGAUCGUGGUGGAGGAAGGCAAACAGAUCCUGGUGGGCGACAUCGGCCAGACGGUGGACGACCCGUACGCCUGCUUCGUCAAGCUCCUCCCCCUCAACGACUGCCGAUACGGACUCUACGACGCCACCUAUGAGACCAAGGAGUCCAAGAAGGAGGACCUGGUCUUCAUCUUCUGGGCUCCCGAGGGCGCCCCCCUCAAGAGCAAGAUGAUCUACGCCAGUUCCAAAGACGCCAUCAAGAAAAAGUUUACAGGCAUCAAGCACGAGUGGCAGGUGAACGGGCUGGACGACAUCCAGGACCGCAGCACGCUGGCCGAGAAGCUGGGCGGGAACGUGGUGGUGUCCCUGGAGGGGAAGCCGCUGUGACGCCGUGCCGUACGGACCCGAGCCCGCCCGCCCGCCCGCCCGCCGCCUGCCGUGUGUGUCCGUGUGGCGAAGGAGGCGGCGUCCUCAGGCCGCCGUUUCUCUUUUGUUUGUUGUUUUUGCUUUUGUUUUAUUUUUUCGGAUUUGUUCCACCACCACCAUCUCGUUAAGGUCAAAUAUGCAAACCCCUCCCGCUUUGUUGCCACACGACUUGUCGACCCGGCAGGAAAGGUCGUCUGAGUUUUGCCAAAAAGACCUCCGCCUCCUGUGAUGUGAUGAGGCUUUUUUUUUUUUGUUUUUCUUUUUAAUAAACGGGACUUUUAAUUUAUUGGUGUCGCCGCGUUGCUCCACGAUGCAUCACAGAACUUUUAGCGUUAGCUCCCUCCUGGGCACCUUCCGUUUUGCCACCACGCGUCAUUAGAGGCUACUUUUGAUUUUGGGA